CCAGUCGACUAGAGCUGUAGAGCAUAAGUCUUCAUGUGUGAUAGAAAGCACAUGUCUCCUUUGGGAACCCUCGGUUCCUCACAGUUACUGCCUCUAAUCCUUGUCCUGUCCUCUCUUCUGAUAUGUCCAAUAGUAGGUGUCAUAGCUCUCAAUGGGGAAGCUCGUACCGACUUCCAAGCCCUCAGUUGCCUCAAAAUCCAUCUCAGCCCUUCUUCUGGGCUCCCAGCCUCAUGGAAGAUUGAUGAUACCCUCCAACAGUUCUGCUCUUGGUCUGGCGUUACUUGCAGCAAGAGGCACACAUCUCGUGUUGUUGCACUAGACCUCGAGUCGCUCCAACUUAAUGGCCAAAUACCUUCUUGCAUUGCAAAUCUCACUCUCCUCACAAGAAUCCACCUCCCAAACAAUCAGCUUUGGGGUCCAAUUCCGCCUGAACUGGGCCAACUGAAUUGCUUGCGGUAUCUUAACCUUAGCUCUAACAAUCUUAGUGGCACAAUACCAAGCGAUCUAUCCUCAUGUUCUCAGCUUCAAAUUAUUGAUCUUGGGAGCAACUCCAUCGGCGGUGAGAUCCCAACAAACCUAAGCGACUGUUCAAAUAUCCAGCAGCUCAACUUGGGUAAGAACAAGCUCACUGGAGGCAUCCCAGAAGGGUUGGGUACACUCCGCAACCUUUCAGUUUUACGUCUUACUGGAAAUGGCCUAAGAGGAAAUAUUCCUCUUUCACUUGGAAGUAGCUCUUCUCUCCACUCUGUUCAUCUCACCAACAAUAGCCUCACAGGACCUAUCCCGUCUCUCUUAGCUAAUAGUUCAUCACUUCAAUUUUUGGUCUUGACCAACAAUCACCUUGGUGGAGAGAUUCCGCCUGCACUAUUUACCGGCAUAUCACUACGAGUAUUGUCCUUGGGACUCAACAACUUUACUGGGUUCAUACCCGUGGUUUUCCCGAUUAUUAACUCGCCCUUACAGUAUCUUGUAUUGACAUCAAAUAAUCUUGCAGGAACAAUACCUUCUACUCUAGGGAAUUUUUCUUCCCUUUGCUGGCUCUUGCUUGGAGAUAAUAGUUUUCAAGGUAGCAUCCCAGCAAGUAUUGGUAAGCUUCCCAACCUGCAAGUACUAGACCUGAGUUACAACUUCUUGGCAGGAAGUGUCCCAGCCUCUAUUUACAACAUAUCAACACUCACAUACCUUGGUAUGGGUGUGAAUAUUCUGGCAGGGGAAAUUCCAUAUAACAUUGGAUAUACGCUUCCAAGCAUCCAAACUUUAAUACUGGGAAUGAACAAAUUCCAUGGCCAAAUUCCCACUUCGCUUGCCAACACAACGAAUCUUCAAGAGAUAUAUCUCGGUAACAAUUCAUUCCAUGGUGUAGUACCUUCUUUUGGGACUCUUCCAAACUUAAUCUACCUGAAUCUACCUGAGAAUCGCCUAGAAGCUGGAGAUUGGUCUUUCUUAACCUCAUUGACCAAUUGUUCCCAACUAAUAGAAUUAUCCUUGAGUGCAAAUAUCCUUCAAGGAGAUUUGCCGAGUUCCAUUGCAGAACUUUCAAAGACCUUACAGGUAUUGAUGUUAGGAGCAAAUAAAAUAUCAGGCACUAUACCACAGGAGAUAGAGCACCUCACAAACCUUGAACGUCUUUCCAUUGACAACAACUUGCUUAGUGGAAGUAUCCCUUAUGCACUUGGAAAUCUUGAAAAAUUGGUUGGCCUAGGCUUAUCCCAGAACAGACUUUCCGGACAAAUUCCUCUGUCAAUUGGCAAUCUAAGUCAAUUGACUGAUCUGUAUUUACAAGAAAAUAAGUUGAGUGGCCCAAUCCCAAGAACCCUAGGGGGCUGCAAAAUUCUGGAAACAUUAAACCUCUCUCAUAACAUAUUUGAUGAUAGCAUACCAAAGGAGCUCUUUACUCUUUCCUCCCUUUCAAUAGGUUUGGACUUAUCUCAUAACAAACUCUCAGGACAAAUACCACUAGAGAUUGGCAGCUUGGUCAAUCUCGGCUCAUUGAAUAUUUCCAAUAACCAGUUGUCUGGACAAAUACCUUCCACUAUGGGUGAGUGCCUCCAUUUGGAAUCGCUGCACAUGGAGGGGAACAAUUUUCAUGGGAGAAUUCCUCAAUCUUUCAUGAACUUGAGAGGCAUCAUUGUGAUGGAUCUAUCUCAAAACAACUUGUCAGGUGAAAUACCUGACUUCUUUGAGUCAUUUGGUUACAUGAGGCUCCUCAAUUUGUCGUUCAACAACCUCGAGGGACCAGUACCUCCAGGUGGAAUGUUUCAGAACGACAGUGAGGUGUUCACACAAGGGAACAAUAAGUUGUGUGCUCAGACCCCGUUACUAGAGUUGCCACUUUGCAAUGCCGUGAUAUCCAAAAAAAAGUUGUACACCUCCAAGAUUCUGAAGAUAGUACCAAUUACUGCCCUUUCUUUGGUUCUCUUAUUAUGCUUUGGAGUUAUUAUUCGUAAGAAGAGAAAGAAUGUCAAACAAGCCGCACAUCCUUCUGUCAAGGAGUUCAAGAAGUUCACAUAUGUUGAUUUAGUGAAAGCAACAAAUGGUUUUUCUGAGGCCAACUUGGUUGGUUCAGGAACAUAUGGGUCCGUAUACAAAGCUAGAAUUGAGUUUGAAGAGCAUCAUACAGUUGCUAUCAAAGUUUUCAAACUCGAUCAAUUUGGAGCAACAAAGAGUUUCCUUGCUGAAUGUGAGGCACUGAGAAACACUCGUCAUCGUAAUCUUUUAAGGGUGAUCACCGUAUGCUCAACAAGUGACCCGACAGGAAAUGAGUUUAAAGCUCUUGUUCUUGAGUUUAUGGCAAAUGGCGACCUAGAGAGUUGGCUCUAUCCGACACUGCUCCACGAGCAUCAUCCAAAAAGGUCGUUGUGCCUUGGUUCAAGAAUAGCAAUAUCAGUGGGCAUAGCUGCUGCUUUGGAUUACCUCCAUAACCAAUGCAUGCCUCCUGUGGUCCACUGUGAUCUGAAGCCUAGCAAUGUCCUUCUAGAUGAUCUUAUGGGCGCACGUGUUGGUGACUUUGGGUUGGCCAAGUUUCUACUUGGUUCUUCUUAUUCUUCGGGAAUUGAUUGUUCUACGAGCUUAGUGGGGCCAAGAGGAUCAGUUGGAUACAUUGCACCAGAAUAUGGAUCUGGGAGCAAAAUCUCCAUGGAGGGUGAUGUUUACAGCUAUGGCAUCAUUAUCUUAGAGAUGCUCACACGGAAGCGUCCGACUGACGAAAUGUUUAAAGAUGGUCUGAGCCUUUACAAAUUUGUCGAAGACUCAUUUCCUGAGAAGAUCUGCGAGAUUCUAGAUUCUAGAGUCAUCACCCCCUAUUAUGGCAACAGAUAUGGACAAGAAGCAGGGAGUUUCUCAGACCAGGAAAAUCAUCAAAUGGCUGCAGGAAUAGUGAGCUGCAUCACUGCUCUCACUAAGCUUGGUUUGCUAUGCGCCGCCGAGAUGCCGAAAGAUCGCCCAACGAUGCAGGACGUUUACUCUGAUGCCACCGCAAUCAAAGAAGCAUUUGCAGCGCUGCACGGCUGAGCAGAAGUACAACCAUCGGUGUCUAUCAAUUGCCCACAUGCUGCUGGUCCGGAGGAUGAAGAUCUACCACUAGUUUUCUUUAUAUAAGGCAUUAUUGUUCUUCAUCAAAGCAUGCUACGUAUGUUAUGAAUCAUCUUCCAUUUCUGUAUCCUACCUAUACUUGUACCGAAGGCAAACUAUAGUUCUGCCUAUAUGCAAGUUCAGCAUGGGAACUUUUCCCAUGAGCUGUAUUUUCUUAGACCUAACAAAC